AUCCAAUCGAGCCUCUACCACCACCACCACGAACCCUUUCCCCUCGACCGGAAUGAUUGUUUAACGGUCGGCUCCAACAGCUGAGCCGGGUAGAUCCUAACUUUGCACAUUUUCCCACGGGGAUCUACAAUUUUUUUUCCACGCCGUCCAUCAUCAACGAAACCGAAGCUCUUCCAAUAACCAACCAACCAACCCCAAGAUUUAUCACCAUGGAUAUCCACCGCUGCCGUUUCGUGCCUUACAACCCACAGGCGAUCAAUGCGCUAUCCUUCUCCCACCCGCCGUCCGCCGAACUCGCAGGCCGAGGUGUACCUACCCUCCGCCUCGCGAUCGGUCGCGCCAACGGCGACAUCGAGAUCUGGAACCCUCUCCGCGGCGCCUGGUUCCAGGAAACCGUGCUCAGAGGCGGAAAAGACCGAAGCAUCGAGGGCCUUGUAUGGACGCUCGACCCUCCCGAGUCCAGCCACGAUGGCUCCAAGCUACCGGGCCGUCUACGUCUUUUCAGCAUCGGGUACUCGACCGCCGUGACGGAGUGGGAUUUCGAACAGGGUCGGCCUCUGCGCCACUCGAGCGGAAACUACGGCGAGAUCUGGUGUCUGGCUGCUCAGCCUCGGUGGCAGGCGACUCGCGGCAAGGACGGCAAGUUGUUGCCUCCGGCGGAGGGAGAGUUCACGGGCCAGCAUCUGGCUGCCGGGUGUGCGGAUGGAUCGAUUGUGAUUUUGUCGACGGCGGAUAAUGAUCUGAAGUUCUUGCGGAUUAUGCGCCCGUCGACGAAGAGGUCCAGGGUGUUGAGUGUGACUUUUCAGAAUAGGAAUACGCUUGUGGCGGGGUAUGCGGAUAGUUCGAUCCGGUUGUAUGAUAUUAGGAGUGGGCAGCUUCUGCGCACGAUGUCUCUGGGUAAGGGGCCUGGAGGGGGUACGAAGGAGUUGUUGGUUUGGUCGGUGAAGUGUCUUCCUGAUGGGACCAUUGUGUCGGGUGAUUCGGCAGGUGAAAUUCGGUUCUGGGAUGCGAAGAAUUAUGCCUUGAUUCAGCGGUUGCAGGGACAUGUUGCGGAUACGCUGGAUAUUGCUGUGAGUGCGAAUGGGGAUACGGUUGUUAGUGGUGGUGCCGAUCAGAGGACGGUCGUGUACAGGAAGAAGGAUGGUGAGAAGGGUGAUAAGAAGGCUAGAUGGGCGGAGGUUAUGCAUCGGCGCUACCAUACCCAUGAUGUGAAGACGUUUGCUGUGUAUGAGACGAGGGAUAUCAGUAUUGUUGUGUCUGGAGGACCUGAUGCUGCACCGGUUGUCCUGCCCCUGCGCGAAUUCGGAAAGGAACAUCACAGAAAGCUGUCUAGCUUGCCUCAAAUACCCCAACUGGCCUCCUCGCCGUCGUCUCGCCUCGUGAUGAGUUUCUGGGAUAGGGAAGUCAGCAUCUGGCGUCUGCACCGUGGCCCUACGUCGCAUGAGAACUCCGAUGGCCAGCGGCAUCGGUUGGUUGGCAAGGUUCUGAUUCAGGGCGAAGAGAACAUCACAUCGGCUAUGCUCUCCGCGGACGGAAAGAUCCUCGUCGUCGCUACGAUAUCCACCAUCAAGUUGUUCUCCGUGCGGCGACGCAAGGGCGACGAGAAGGGAACUCUGCGCAUACAAAAGUUGGACGUGCCGAAGGCUCUUGCGGAGGACGGAGCCCGGGUGGUGACUGUCGCUCCCAACGGUCAAUGGGUUUGCGUGGUCCGUCCCAACAGUGCCAUGUACCUGGCCAGGAUCAAGCCGGCCUCGACCGCGCAGGAGAAGCCCCAUAUUCUCUCCCAGCUCGUCAAGCUGAACAGGGCCACCCGCCACACUCGUUUCGAAAAGGCUUCCCAUGGUACCUUGGGCGACUACGAAAGAACAGUCCGCUGCGCCGUGUUCUCCGACGACAGCAAGGUUCUGGCAUCUGGCGAUCUCUCCGGCUGUGUCGACACAUGGUCCCUUCAGAAGGCCGAGGAUACCCCCAAGAAGCGCAACAGUGCUGCCGGAUCAGAUGACGAGUCUUCCGACGACGAAGACCAACCAGUCAUCGAGGGUGAGCGCUGGCACCACGCCGCCGAGGAGUCCCCCAUCCCUCGUCUCAAGUCGGGCGUAGUCCUCCUGUCAUUCCGUCCUCCCAACCCCGCGAAGACGAAACUCCUCACCAGCGGUGUCGCAAAGGACGAGCACCGCCUGAUGGCCCUCACAAGCGAGCACCAGCUCGUCGAGUUCGACGCCGUCGAAGGCAAGCUGUCCGACUGGUCCCGGAGGAACCCCAAGGCAUUCCUCCCCGCCGAGUUCCGCGGCGUCAAGGACAGAGCCAUGGGCUGUGUCUGGGACCUGUCCGCAGCCCGCGAACGCCUCUGGCUCUACGGUACCUCCUGGUUGUGGAUGUUCGACCUGAACCAAGACUUCCCGUCCCCCGAGGAACUCGACGCCUCCGCAGACAACCACGAAGACCUGAACGCCUCGACACAGAUCUCCAAGAAGGCCAACCAAAAGCGCAAACGCGACCCCUUCGAAGAGGAAGACAACGGACGCAAGAAACCCAACAGCGGAGCCGGAGACCGCAUGUCCCUCGCCCAGUCGGACAUUUUCUUCGGAUCCAAGAUGCGCAAGAUCGUCGGCCCCGACGAGUCCCAAGCCGAAUGGGUCUCCCUGGACAAGGAGCGUUCUCGCGGCGGCGACGACGAAGAAGCAUACGACUACGACGAAGCCUACACAGCCAACAACGACGUAGCUCUGGCCCGACUCCGCAGAGAAAGACAAUUCAUUGAAACCAGCACCCCCUUGAAACGCGUCUCCUUCGGUGGCAAACAGGAUAAACUCCUUUCCAUGACCCCCGGCGGCGGCGGCGGCGACUUCGAUACUCCUUCCCAGAAACAACUCGUCCAACAAGGCGACCACAAAUCAUCCCAACCCCCGCGCCGCUGGUGGCAUACCUACAAGUACCGUGAUCUCUUGGGUAUUGUCCCUCUCGGGUCCUCGGAUCCCGACGCCGACACCGACAACGAUAAUCACUUCCUUGAGGUCGCUGUUAUCGAACGACCCAUGUGGGAUGUCGAUUUGCCAGGUCGUUAUGUUCGGGAUUAUGCCUAGACAAUGAAUAUCGUCUCUGUCACGUUAUAUAUCCGGUCUUUCUGCCACCAGUAGGGUCUGUUAGUUCUCACCGAAUGGACUUUUCUUUGUACAGCAGGUCUCGGGCCCGUUUCUUCCUUCUUCCUCCUCUUCUUUCCCCAUUCCCUUUAUUUUUUUUUUUUUACAUUUAUUUCCUUGUCCCAUCUUAGAUAUUCUUGGCGAGCAUGAUAGGUCUUUCUUUUCAUAUUGAAUCAAAAGAUAAAAGUUAUUCUGGAUCUUUCCUCUUCCCCCAUCCUCCCUAUUCACGCUAUCUCUUUCUCUUCACUCAGUAACUACUCCCACCACCACCAUUUUCACCAAGUCCUCCCUACAACUAACAAAUAAACAUCAACAUCAACUAAUUUAAGUAUAAGCAUAAGCAUAAGC